AAAAAGCUUCAAACUAAGCGCAGGUUAAUCGAAGGAGACUGCUCAGUUUGUCGCGAAGGACUAGAACUAGGGGUCAAGGAGUUGACCUUUUGCAGCAUGACUUGUGGCAACAACUUUCACCAUGACUGCAUCGAGCGUUGGAAGGAGCAGCCACCUGAUAGGGAAGCCUUGAGGUGCCCAGUAUGUCGCGAAAAGUGGGAGAGUGAGAGAACCACCAUUUCAGUCCAUCGCUUCAAAGACUUCAAUAGCGUCGCAUUCGAAAUUUACGUCGAAUGGUUAUACCACGGCCAGAUCUGCGUGGAGCCUUCUCAGUCAGGAAAACCCAAGUUUCAUCAUCUUGUAGAGGCCUAUCUACUGGGUGUACAAAUCCAGGAUAAUCAUUUCUGCAAGGCAGUGUUGCACGGAUCUAUCGAGAUCUUCAGGGAUCAUCACUGUAUACCUUGUCCUCAAACUAUCGCUUAUGCAUACGAGAAAACGUGCGACCAGUCUCCUCUCCGGAAACUACUCGUUCGCAUAUAUGUCAUCGCGGCGCGCCAACAAUGGUUCCAUGGAAAAGAAUACCUGGCGGUGUUUAUGCAUGACCUCGCUCUAGCUCUUCUCAAAGAAUCGCCCCGAAAGAAAGAGUGGGAUGCGGAGCUGGUGAAAAGGGAGUUUUGCGCGGAUGAGGGUUACGAUAAAGAUAUGGUAGCUAGAGAUUCGAAUGAGCAGCGAGAAAGCGCUGUUGUCGCGACGCAGGCGGAAGAUUAG